UCUUCCGUAACAUCCAUCUCCCCAGCGGCGAGGAGAGCCGGCCACCACAGGGAGAAAUGGCUUCCGCAAGCAAUGCUCUCAGGGUGUUCUUCAUCCUAGCGAUCCUAUGCGCGGUAUGCACAGCGAAAAGGACCGGAGCAAAGACGGGAGACUCGGCAGCAGACUCUGCUGCUUCUGGAGCCAGCGGGACGUUCGACAUCUCCAAGCUCGGCGCGACGGGCGACGGCAAGACGGACUCCACAAAGGCGGUUCAAGACGCGUGGACGUCAGCGUGCAGAGCGACCGGAAGCGCCACGGUGCUCAUCCCCAAGGGCGACUAUCUGGUCGGCCCUCUCAACUUCGUUGGCCCGUGCAAGGGCGCCAUCACCAUCCAGCUCGAUGGCAACCUGCUGGGAUCCAACGACCUGGCCAAGUACAAGGCGAGCUGGAUCGAGUUGUCGCACGUCGACAACAUCGUCAUGACUGGCUCGGGCACGCUCGACGGCCAGGGCACCGCCGUUUAUAAAAAGGCCAAAACCGGCACUGUGAAGGCGAUGCCCAACACAUUGGUGCUGUUCUACGUGACCAACGGCACUGUCUCUGGAAUCAAACUACUCAACUCCAAGUUCUUCCACAUCAAUAUCGACGCUUCAAAGAACAUCACGGUGAAGGACGUGAACAUCACCGCGCCUGGGGACGUUGAGAACACGGACGGCGUCCAUGUUGGAAUGUCCACCAAGGUGAGCAUCACCAACUCAACCAUCGGCACUGGCGACGACUGCAUCUCUGUUGGCCCCGGGAGCGACGGCGUCAUGGUGAACAACAUCAUCUGCGGCCCCGGGCAGGGCAUCAGCAUCGGCUGCCUAGGCCGCUACAAGGAUGAGAAGGACGUGACCGACGUGACGGUGCGGGACUGCGUGCUCAAGAAGACCACUAACGGCGUGCGCAUCAAGUCGUACGAGGACGCCGAGUCUGUGCUGACGGCGUCGCAUCUGACCUUCGAGAACAUCAGGAUGGAGGAGGUGGCGAACCCCAUCAUCAUCGACCAGUACUUCUGCCCCGAGAAGGUGUGCCCCGGCAAGAAGAGCGACUCCUCUCAUGUCAUCGUCAAGGACGUCACGUUCCGCAACAUCACGGGCACGUCGUCCACGCCACAGGCCAUCAGCCUGCUCUGCUCGCAGUCACAGCCAUGCAGCGGCGUGUCGCUCAUCGAUGUAAACGUGGAGUACGCCGGCAAGAACAACAAGACCAUGGCCGUGUGCAGCAACGCCAAGGGCACCGCCAAGGGCAGCGUCGAGGCCCUGGCAUGCCUGGCCUGAGCGAUGAGCAUGCAUCUGCAUGCAUGUUAUGUGUUUCCUCAAACGAUGUGAUCAUCAUCUGGUAGUUUUCUAGUUCUCGCUUUUGCAAAUUUGAUUGCGUUUAAUUCACAAAUGGUCCGGCCAGGCAUCGACCUUUUCUGAUCUUCCCUGCAUGUGCAGUAAAUGUAUAUCUGCAGGCACUUCAAUGGUGUGGACGACGCAUAUAUAUAUAUCUGGGAGUUGUCCGCCUUCCCUGGUUUAGAGUAUUGUAAUAUUAUAGACAACAGGGCGUUUUGUUGUAUUUUUACGUCCUUCGAUAUAGUAGCGUUAUUAUAUGUCCUGACAUUAUACAUCACUAUAAUUUACGAUGAUGAGGUCCUGUGAGAAGUCAGGCGUUGUAUUGGAAACUUCUGCGUUUUGCCUUUCUUAAUUAAUGCAAUGUCAUGCACUACAAGUCACCA